AUGGGGAUGCCGAUGCCAUGGCAACAGGCCGAUUAGAUCCAGACCUUUAUAUGCACAUUUAUUUAUUUAAUAUUUCAUUUGUAUGCGCCGUGCGCCUCUGUGGACGUGUCUGCUCGACCUCUCAGUGUCGAGUCAGAGUAAGAAGUGGAUUUCAGCUUUAAACUGGACUUCAUCGCCUCUAAACAGGCUGCGAAGGAGCAGUCACAUUAAAGGCUCAACAAGUUGUUUUAUUUUUAAAGAGGCUUUUGGAUUCGUCAGAGCGCUCCGUUUCACACUGGAGCAGCUUGUUCUGUUGAAAUAUAGAGUCUAUGUAUCUGUCCUCGUCGUAGUCUGGACACGAUGUCAUUGAAAGUCGGCAGAAGUGGAAAUACAUGGCAGCUUCUGCUGAUGACAGAACAGAAUAUUUCGGGCGUCAGACUCUGAACACCUGACCAAGUUCAUCCCGGCAUCAGUUUAACAAAAUCGCACAGCUGAAGAGCCGGUAGUGUCUCAUCUGGCUGCCUGGGCGCUUCAGCCACGGACAGGCAACAUUUCGGCGCGCCUUCCAUCGUCAUGAGUGUGUUUUCCGCUCGGUUGUUGAAAAUGACAACGUGCCGCGGAUUCCAUGAAAACAUGGGCUAGAUCUGGGGUAAUUUGACUUGUUUCCACCGCCUCGUGUUUGCUCGCCGGUCUGUUUUACUGUGUGCGUGUUUCUGGUUGAUGAUAGUGUGCGUGUCAGAAUGAAUCAGUGCGCCUCGGAGUGUGAGCGCCCGUGUGUGCCGAUAAUGUGCGUCCCUUAUGUCCAUUAACAACCCAUCCCUCCUGACAGAGGAUCAAGUGUCCUUGUCAUUCAUCCGCGGAUGAAUUUUCCCCACUCUACCACCUUACAGCUCAGAUCAGCUCUUAUAUAAUGAAAUGUGUUGAAAAUAGCAAAAUUGGGUGAACAGCAAGGACAUAUAGGCUGACACCGACAGGACACCGACGGCCAAUGAGGGGCGAGCUCCGUUAUCUACAAAAGACCGGGAAUCCGGUGCCAAUAUGACCGGCGUCGGAGCGUUGAGGGCGGCUGUGGGGAGAGGAGGGAGGGCCUCGGGCGGACAGCAACGUUUCAAGGACGAGGAAGGAGGAAUGUUACAGAAACAUCUGGAAGGACAAAGGAAAGAGGAAAAGUGAAGCUGCUGGCGUCACACUGGCAGGGUGAAGGAUUUCAUGUCUGGAUGGGGCUUUUUCCAAGGGCACCGAGGUAAGCAUGGCCACAUCGGCGGAGAGAGGGCGGAGGUGUGAGCUGUCUGCUCCAGGAGAAUGACUGGAGACACAGAGGACACUUUCCUUUAGCUUCUUCAAUUUAUCGUUCAGAUUGACAUUGACACUCACCUAGCCUAUGUGAUCUAGCCAGGUCGACUAUACUAAACAAUAGUUUUCCUGAGGGGUUGGGAGUUACAGGUUAUAUUCCCCCUCCCCUCAACCACCUCCUCCUCCCUGAGUUGGGAUGGAUGGGGUGGCUGGAGGUGUGGGCACCCCCGGCAGCGGAUCUGGGGGUGACAGUCUGCCCAGACGUAACGGAGGGGACUCGAAGCGGCGCAGUAAGGGCAGCCUGCCCUCUCCGGGCUACAGGCUGUCCCAGGCCUCACUGGAGGGGGAGAAGGGCUCCUUCGGGGCAGACAGCACCUCCUCAGGUGCACGGGGCCGUCGUCUCUCCAUCAUGAGCUCCUCCACCAGGGACGGCCUUCCCUUCCGCACAGCGGGCACACCAACCACCCCGGUGGCCCUGCCUCCACCGCCCUCCUGUUCUGCCACAGCCCACCCUGCUCCGCGCUCAGUGGGCUUCGCCGCGUCCCGCGCCGCCCUGGCCUCCACCUCCUCCACUGGGACUGGAGUCAUGGUGGUGGCCACCGGCCCAGAGACCACCACUACCACGGCCUGCAACACCACUGCAGCAGGUACCCCUGAGCUGGUGGGUCACACUGGACUGGGUGGGUUUGGCAUGGGGCUGGACGGGGAGGACUACAGCAACUCCAACCAGAGCACCUUCAUCCAGAGACAGUUCGGGGCCAUGCUUCAGCCGGGGGUCAACAAGUUCAGUUUACGCAUGUUUGGAUCCCACAAAGCUGUGGCACUGGAGCAGGAAAGACUGAAGUCAGCAGGGUCGUGGAUCAUACACCCCUACAGUGACUUCAGAUUCUAUUGGGACCUGUUGAUGUUACUGUUGAUGAUGGGGAACUUAAUCAUCCUGCCAGUGGGCAUCACUUUCUUUAGAGAUGAGAACACUCCGUCAUGGAUCAUCUUCAACGUGGUCUCUGACACUCUCUUCAUGGUCGACUUGGUACUCAACUUCAGGACCGGCAUCGUCAAGGAAGACAGCACUGAGAUUUUGCUGGACCCCAGAGCGAUCCGCCAGAAGUAUCUGAAGAGCUGGUUCCUCGUAGACUUCGUGUCAUCCAUCCCGGUGGACUACAUCUUCCUGAUGGUGGACAGCCUGGACUCGGAGGUCUACAGGACGGCCAGGGCAUUGCGAAUCGUCCGCUUCACCAAAAUCCUGAGCCUGCUUCGUCUGCUCCGCCUGUCCAGGCUCAUUCGCUACAUCCACCAGUGGGAGGAGAUCUUCCAUAUGACCUAUGACCUUGCCAGUGCCAUGGUUAGGAUUGUAAACCUGAUUGGUAUGAUGCUGCUGCUAUGCCACUGGGAUGGCUGCCUCCAGUUCCUGGUCCCCAUGCUGCAGGACUUCCCUCCUGACUGUUGGGUUUCCAAGAACCUGAUGGUGAAUGACACGUGGGGCGUGCAGUACUCCUAUGCUCUGUUCAAAGCCAUGAGCCACAUGUUGUGUAUUGGGUACGGCGCCCAGGCUCCAGAGGGGAUGACUGAUGUGUGGCUCACCAUGCUCAGUAUGAUCGUAGGCGCCACCUGCUACGCCAUGUUCAUCGGCCACGCCACCGCUCUCAUCCAGUCGCUGGACUCCUCGCGACGACAGUAUCAGGAAAAGUACAAGCAGGUGGAGCAGUACAUGUCAUUCCAUAAGCUUCCUGCAGAUGUUCGGCAAAAGAUCCACGAGUACUAUGAGCACCGCUUCCAGGGGAAAAUGUUUGAUGAGGAGAACAUCCUGGGAGAACUCAGUGAGCCACUUAAAGAGGAGAUAGUCAGCUUUAACUGCCGUAGCCUGGUGGCUAACAUGCCGCUGUUUGCCAACGCUGAUCCCAACUUUGUGACCGCGGUGCUGACCAAGCUCCGCUUUGAAGUGUUUCAGCCUUCUGACUUCAUCAUCCGUGAGGGCACGGUUGGACGGAAGAUGUACUUCAUCCAACAUGGCCGAGUCAGUGUGCUGACCCGUGGCAACAAGGAAACCAAGCUGAGCGAUGGGUCUUACUUUGGAGAGAUCUGCUUGCUGACACGUGGACGGAGGACGGCCAGCGUCCGCGCAGAUACAUACUGUCGUCUGUACUCCCUUAGUGUGGACAGCUUUAACGAGGUGCUGGAGGAACAUCCAAUGAUGCGGCGUGCCUUCGAAACUGUUGCCGUUGACCGACUGGACCGUAUUGGCAGGAAGAACUCCAUGCUCUUGCGGAAGUCAUCCCAGGGCGGUUCAUUGGGGGGCAGUAUAGGUCGUGGUGGAGGCCGGGGUGGAGGGGGUCCUGGAGCAGGGGGAGGCCUUGCAGCAAGUGGUCUGGGUUCCUGUGACAGCAUGUUGGUGCAGCAGAUUGUCAAACAUGACAGCAUGCCGGCCAUGCAGGAUGCUAUCGCUGCAGCUGCUGCAGGAAGAAGCGGAGUCAUGGGAGGAAGUGGCACAGUGUCUCCUCGGCCACGCCCGGUCAUCUGGGCGCCGUUGGUCCAUGCUCCCCUGCAGACUGCAGCUGCCACCAGUAAUGUAGCCAUCGCCCUCAUGCACCAGCAGCAGCAACAACAGCAGCAACUCCAGCAGUUGCAGCAGCAACAUGCGCUUGGAGGUGCUUUCUUCCUGCCUUCCCCUCUUGUCUCCCCCUCUCCCUCAUCUUCUUUCCCUCUGUCACCCCCUCGUGCCCCUGUAUUACAGCCCCUCCGCCCCUCUGUGAGCUCCCUCAUCGGGAUGAUGGCGUUGGGAGGGAUGGGUGGUUUGUCCCCAAGAGGAGGAUUUCCUGCCUCCCCGUCAACCAUGGGCCCUCCUGGUGGGGUGACAUCACCACCUAUUGCUAAAACACCACCCACUCCAGCCUCUUCUGUCCAGACUUCUAUCCAACAAGGACGGACUCUUCAUUACAGCCUCCGCCUCCAGGCUGAUCAUCCUUCAGUGAUUGCUGGAUCACUUGGAACUCCGACAGGAGGCGGACCACCUACUCCACCACUCCACAAGGUGCCUAGCACCACCCCCGCAGCUGCUCCUGGUGUCCCGGCAGAUGGCAACGCUUCUGUUACAGGUCAGCAGGGAGCAAAAGAAGCUCUGCUACGUCAUGGAGGAAACAGCUCUCAGGGUCUGCCAGCACUGGGCAGACUGACCCAGGAGGCCAGGCUGUUGUCGGCCUCACAGCCCACUCUGCCUCACCGCUCAUGGGCUGGAGUGCAGCCACACCCGCCUCUCCACCGCAAGGCCUCUGGGGGUAAUUUGUUGGCAACUCCUUUCCUGGCAGGGCAGUUAGCCAGGGGAGGCAGCGCAGGCAUACUGACCUCUAACACUCCAGUACAGCUGGUAACAAAUAUACCGUUUAACGCACAAACACAAGCACAGGCUUCAGCUCCCAUUCAGCCCACUAUAGCACAGGCCAUCUCUGCAAACACAGCCACAUACACACAAUCUGCAGCUCACACUGCCUCUGUAUCCGCGCCCACAGCUGCACACAUGACUCCUGCAGCUUCUAUGCCAUCUUCCUCCCCUCCCAAACAAACCCCACUCUCCUCUGCCACCCCUUCACCUGCACCCACCCCCUCAUCUCCUACCCCCAUCCUCUCCCAAACCCCUCGCCCGAAACCAAUCACAAUGACCCCCUCUCGCUCUUCCUCUCCCCCUCCUUGCUCCACCCCCCCUUCAGCAGGAACAAGCCCGUUGUCGCUCUCUUCGACUCCUCGUCCCAAACUGAUCCCUUCACCUUCCCCCCGCUCUUCCUCUCCUUCUCCCUCCUCCACACCGCCCCCAUCCUCUGUUUCCACCCCUGUUCCACUACCUCAUUCUUAUGGGCCCAAAUCAUCUCUUACCUCCUUGUCUCCUCCUUCCUCCUUGGUCGCCCCUUCACCACCGCAUCCCCAGAGCCCCAGAGCCAAGGCAUCCAACAUGCCACCUUCUGCCUCUCCGUUGUCUGGCCCCAGUCAUGCCCCAACUCCAAUCCCUUCUCCGAUACCGACUCCUACUCAGACCACCCGCACCUCCACCCCUUCCCAAACUCCUUCGCAAACCCUCACACCCGUUACUCCUACCCAGGCCCUUACCCCUACACCUUCCCCCUCUCUGAUCCCUGUUACACCUGUUCCACCCCUGAGUAAAACCCAGAGUGCAACAACUUGUCUACAGCCCUCUGUCUCCAGCUCAGCCAGGGGCCCUGCCUCGAGCCAGAUCCCAAAACAGGCCUCACCUCUAACCCCAAUCCAAACUUCAGCUCCUGCCUCAUCACCUGCAAGCACUGGCCCUCCUACUAAAGUAACCUUUUCAGUUCAUCCUGUAAAACAAACCCUUCCUGUCCUUACUCCAAGCCCCACUUCAGGCUCCAGUCGCUCCACCAAACCAACCCCAUCAACAGCCUCAUCCUCAACAUCUUUAUGCCCAAACCCCACCUCCACUAAACCCUCCUCUCUUACAACCACUUCCUCUACCACCACCUCCCCCAGUGUCCCAUCUGCUUCUUCUCAACCCCCAAAACAAAUGUCAACCACCUUAGCUGCCCCUACCCACUCCUCAGAACUCAACGCACCCUCUACCCCUGCCCAGACCACUCAGGCAUCUACCACUUCACCCACCCAGUCAGCUCACGCAGCCACCCCUGCCAACACCACCUCUCCUAAAGGUGGGGAAAAGGACCCUCAGCUAGAACUCGCCAGAAAAGACUCAGAGGGACUAAGACACAAACUGCCCGCCAACAUGUGAGAAAGAAGAGGAAGAAAAUCUCAAAGGAUGUUGGACUUUGUGUUGAUGCUGGUCAAACCAUGGAUAUACAGAGUUGUGUCAAGAGUUGGCACCAGAUAUCCAAUGAUCAAUGAUCCAAUGACAUCUGGUUUGCAUUCACUCUAGGAUGUGAUUGUCUUAGAACAUCAUGUGACGCUCAACCAAGCCAUCAAUGGAGGAGAGAGACUCUGUGGGUGUGUUGCGUUGUGCAAGCUGAGGUAGAGUCAAAAAAAAGAAAAAAAAAACAUAAAAAUGUAUACAUACAUAUCUGUGUUAGUGAUUGUUGGAGCAAGCAGGGGAGCUGAAGUGGAAAUAUGUCGCAGUAUACAAAGUAAAACAGAAACGGAAGCAAUAGCUGAGAGUCAGGGAAAAAAAAAAACACUGUAGUAUAUAUUAAAAGUCAGUGAAAACAGCAAUACAUGUGAAACAUUUGAGACUCUCAUAAUGUAACAGGAAAUGACCAUGACAAUAAUAACAAAUGUGAGAAAAUAAUAAUCUUUCUGCUGUGAGGAGGAAAGUCUAUUGUGAUGUGAAAAUGCAGACACUUCCUGAUUUCCAGCUCCACCUCCCUCUUGCCUCCCGUUCUUCACCAAAGUGUAACAUUUUCUCAUCAGAAUAAUGAUAAUUAUAAGGAUAUAGCGUUUAAAAAUCACUGUAAAGUUAAUGCUCAUAUGAAUUUGAAUAAUUAGGAGCAGUCCACUGGUAGUUUUGUUGUCCCAGGUGUGUGGUGUUUAGUUUUUAAACAAGACAAAACUUUUAACCCUACAUGUUCACUCUGACGAUCUCUGUAAAUUGUGUUUUUUCGUGUGACACACAAUACUGCUCUGCUGUGCUCUGUGGCUCACUUGAUUUUGUUCCACCCGGCUCCCGUGUACUGUAAAUACGUGCCUCUCUGUGGGUCUGUUGUAUGCUUCCUCACCCCUCGGCCUCUUUGUCUUUCAUCUCUCAUCUGUCUCGCCGCCUUUCAUCUGAUUUCACAGCUCCGGUCGCUGUAACUGUUUCUUUGGCACUCAGAGACUCUCUCCCUUUCUCUCGUUUCGCUCCGAGACUUUGCUCUCUGCUGCUGCCAUCAGCCUCAUGUUCAACUGGCGGUCUCUUCCUUCUGUUGCCCUAAGACACUGUUUCAGCGCCUUUUCCAGUGAUGUUCGAUGUUUUGUGUGGGUAGCAACAAGGCAUUUCUGUCUUAACCCCUGAUACCAUGUUGCCUAGACUAUAUAUUUAAGGACCAAAUGUUUUAUUUUUUAUUUAUCACAGCUUUAGCUUUUGAACAGAAAAAAAAGUGGCUAAUAAUGCUGUAAAAAUCAUGAUCUUGAGUGUGGCAUUGAAGGUGAAGAUUGUGAAUAUGAUGAUGAUGAUAUUCUCAACAACCAUGAUGGUGAUAUUGAUGAAGAUGGUGUAUAUCUGGAUGUAAGAAUAAAGUGGGUUUAGAUAUCA